AUGCGAAUGCGAACUGGAAGUCGGUGCGGUGAGAUGAGUGCGCACACAGAUUGCCAUUAUCGUGGUGGAUCAUUUACACAAAUAAUGUUUGGUGCUGUUGCGCGGGACAAUCGCACCGCUCUUGGGACCUUCAUCUGCCUUCUCGCCCUCGCCUUCACUGUAGACGCUGGACUACUACACGGACUCGGACAUGGACAUGUCGACGAAUACUCAUCACACAUUGAUGCUGGACACCAUACCGAUGUUCACAUAGCCCAAUCACCUGCCAUUGUUAUCGAAGAGAAUGGAGUAUCGAUUGCUGCCGCUACCGCUGAUGUUCAUCAUCAUGCCGAUGUCCAUCAUCAUGCCGAUCUGCAUCAUGACUUGCCAGCCGCCAAGAUUGUCCAUCAUGAACCUAUUCAUCAGGUUGAACCAGUCCACCAUGUAACCAAGGUUGUGCACCACGAACCCCAUCACUUCUUGCACUACACCAAGCCCGUUGUCGAUCAUCACUACCAGCGCGAAAUUGCCCACACUCAUGUGCACACUGCCCCAUUGGUCAUCCGUGAUGGUCUUCAUCAUCAUGAUGUUCAUCAUGAUCAUCAUCAUCAUGCCGAUUUGUAUGCCCAUGGUGGAUCCCACCUGGCUUACUACUCAAGUUUGGGCAAGCACUUGCACCAUUACGCCCCCUACAGCAAGUUGAGGGUCAUCGAGAAGCAUUAUUAA